AUGGCUGAAACUGGCGGCAAAAUAGCCGUAUGGGAUGUAAACCUUCCACCAAUUGAAAAGCGAAUUCCUAAUGUAUAUUAUUACAAAUGUGAUGUUAGUGAUGUUCAAAGCGUUCAAAAAGUUUACUCCACUUUGAAAUGUCAAGUAGGCCCAGUAACCCUACUUAUCAAUAACGCAGGUAUCACCAGUGGGAAAACAGUAAUGGAUCUUUCGUUUGAUGAAAUAGAACAAACGGUGCAAGUCAAUCUUCUUUCAAGUUUCUAUACCAUUAAGACUUGUUUACCGGACAUGUUAGCUCUUAAACGAGGAUAUAUCGUUACUGUGGCUUCGGUGUUAGGCUAUAUGUCUCCCGCCCGUCUUAGUGCCUAUGGAGCCUCCAAAGCUGGCCUUAUAGCCUUACACGAAUCUCUAACUUAUGAGUUGGGUCCUCCAUCUAUAAGUCCCAAUGGGGUUAAAACUUUGUUGGUGUGUCCAGGUCAACUUCAAACUGGGUUGUUUAAAGGGGUCAAAACUCCAUCCACGGUAUUUGCACCUGAAUUGGAACCUAAAUAUGUUGCUAGCAAAGUACGCCAUGCAGUAGAGCUUGGAAGGAAAGGCGAACUUCGAAUACCCUUUUAUGGCAACUUCUUGCCCAUUUUAAGAGCAGUUCCAUGGCCCAUAGUUGAAAUAGCUCGAUGCAUAAGUGGUAUCGAUAAAAGUAUGCAAAAUUUUGAACGAAAAUCAGGAAAGUUGUUAUCGAAAGCUAAUAGUCCUAUCAGUGGACUUCAUGAGUCGCAAACAGACUUUUCGAAUGCACUGUCAUAUUCACCUUUGGUGGUCCGUUCAUAG